AUGACUACAGCAGAAUCGGGUGGCUCCGCCGGUCUUCCAGCGCACCAAGUUGCUGCACGCGCUGGUUUGCUAGUUUCCCGGGUGUCUUGUGUAAAGAAAUUUAUCAGGUUCGCACCCCUCCUGACCCUGCUGGACCUCACUGUCCCCUCUGCCGCGACCCGGCCGGAAAACUUAAAUUUGCGUCGCGAAAUCCGGAGUGGGCAGCAGGAGAAAGAUGCAGAUGUUGGGAGAGAACUGCUCGUAUUGCACCAGCCUCCGUCCAUGCAUUCCGGUGGUUUCACGAAAGGAACUUCGACAUCCCAGACCGUUGCACUUGAUGCGGUGGGCGAAGCGGGAUCAUUUUUGACGCGAUCGACAGCCCCAGCGGGUCCAGUUUCUUCCGGGGCGCAGAGGUGA